AUGGAUCAUACAUGGAUGUGUCUAGAGAGUGAUACCAACUACGAGCCCUUGCCACAUCGCGUCUGCCAGCAAAUCUUGGAGGUCAAACGGUUGGGGAAUCUGGAGUCCAGGGAGAUGGAUAAAGAAUGGUAUAUCUCCAUGUCGACUUUUCUUGACAAUAAUUUCUCGGAAAUGAAAUUAUAUACGGAAAAUGUCCUCCCAAUCAGAGAGGAAUAUGCCAUUCUCGUAGAAAUCCCACAAUACAACCCUGACAUCCACCAACCCUCAAUUUUCGAAUAUAACACCUUCGAUAGUGUCGCUAUCCACCUACCUAAAUUCAUCUGGGAAUUUGGGAUAAAUCACUUCUUCACAGCGUUCGCGCUCCAAGAGGCUGCCCGAUAUUUAUGCUUUUCACAGCAAAGAUCCGAGCCUCGUACACUUAGUCUAACCAUGCCUGGUACAAAUCAAUCCAGCCCAGCCCAGAGGUACCCAGCAAUUACGAGCAUACUUACCCAAGCUCUGAUAUCAUAUGAAAAUAUUGGAAUGGGUGACCAUCCGCUCGCAAUCGAAUGUUUGGAGAUGCUGCUAAGUAAUAUAGACGAGUUUGAUGAUGAAGAUCCCGUUAGUAGAUUUCUUACAACGGGGGUUUCUGAAAUCCCCCACAGGAACUUUCGACGUUCCUAUAAGAAAUAUGGACCUCGCCAUCCACAAACUAUUUCUGCGUUUGCGCAGCUUAUAUCAUUUACAUUGAAGCUAUUAAAAUCGCCCAAGACUCAUGCUCAGUUGGCCUCGGAUACUGCUCAACGGGUUACAGCAUGGGGCUGGAAUCUCGAGCUGAGCGUUGAGGCUGUCUUCAACCCAUGCUUUGAUUCAUUCCUUAUCUACGACUUAGGCGGUAAAAGAUGGACAAAAAGACCUAACACCAAGUCAAGAUGGCAGCAUAUUGUUCGAGGGAACAUGUUCGACAUUCUUCAGACCUUCGAGGAUACCAACGACUUUGACAACGCCAUAAGGCUCCUAAAGAAGAUGAAGAGGUGGAAUAAUGCACAGUUGGGCUGGUUAGAACAAGAUGGAUUUCAAAUAAAUCUUAUCCUUGGGCGGAUAUAUGGUAAGAUGAAGGCUUAUAAAGCCUCCUUGAAAACUCUUUUCGAUCUAGCCAAUAGAGCGAAUCGUCCGGAAAGUAAAGACUGGGCCUGGGACGCAGUUCGUGAAAUAACGGUAGUUACGACCAGAAGGGGGCCCGUUUUAUACAGAUGUAUUCAGCCAUUCCUGCAAAAGCUUCUUCACACCUGGGAGCGCUCUGGUCGGCGUCGCAACUACUGCUAUUCUACCUUGGUAGCGAUUUUUUCUCUUAACCGGGGAAGAGUACCAGAGUCUCUUUCAGCGCUCAAAUCACUGGAGAGGGUCUCUCCUUCUGAUACCCAAGGCCAAGUGUGCUUGGGAGAACUUGAUACUCCAAUGCUGGACAGCGGGUCUUCCGAAUUUGGAGACUAUGGGGUGUGGGGAAAUUGCAAUUUGGAUGCGUAUAGUGAUCUUAUUGAUAUCAAUUGA